AUAUUACUAUAUUUGAACUGAACGAGUACAGCGCGAAAAAAAAGUAAUAUAGUUAUCACUGUUGCCAAGACCAUCCAUCGAAUGUCUCUAGAGAAUUCCUCCAGCUACACCCUUCCCCCCCUCGUAUACGUUCACACUUCUAAAGAUGAUGUGUGAACACAGAGUAGUGUGCGUAAAUACGGCAGUGUGUGUCGAGACACUGUCCAGUUACUCGAUCGAAAAAUGGAUCUUGCACCGUAUUCGUGUGCGAUUUCACGAACUUGGAUCGUGAUACUGUGUCUCUAAAAUAAUAAUAUAACGGCCGUAACGGAUGGUCAUCGAUGUUGAGGAAGAAGAACAAGUCAUCCAAUUUCCAUUGAUAGUAUUUAUAGGGUUCGGGGUUUAUUUUUACUACCUUUGGGAAUAGAAAUCUCAGUGAAUUGAAAAUGCGUUCGACCGCCGGCUGAUACAUUAUCAACUUCAACUUGUGGUGGUGUAAUACUCUGUGAGGUCACAGAGUUUAGGGUGAUACGUGCAAAACUGGUGGGCAUCGUACUUUGAAGGAAAGUUUGAUAAGAUAAUAAAGUUUAAUAAGGAUAUAAUGGAGUCUACGGUUGCGGGACGAAGGCGUACCGCCACCAGACAUUCGGCCGAGGAUCAGGCUCUCGAUCAAAUUGCCAAGGAGGCAGAGGCGAGAUUGGCGGCGAGGAGACAGGCAAGAGCUGAGGCUAGAGAAAUUCGAAUGAGAGAGUUGGAGAGACAACAGAAAGAGGCUGAGGAGAAUGCUGAUAGGGUCUAUGAUAUGUGCACUUCCGACGGAAGAACCAUGAGGGUUACACCAGAUCCAAUCAGAACAUCACGUCUCCUCACAAAUUCAAACAAUUUUCAGUCGAGUCGAAGGUCUUCCGAGGAUUCCCUAGAGGACGCGGGUCUGAACAGGGACAUAAGAUUAGAAUUAAAAGAGUUUGAGGAGAAGUUCAGGAAGGCUAUGAUUGCCAAUGCUCAACUUGAUAACGAAAAAUCCUCGUACUCUUAUCAAGUGGAGCUGUUGAAAGAUAAGUUGGAGGAGUUGGAGGAGUCAUCGGCGACUCUGCGACGUGAGCUCAGGGAAAAGAAUAGGGAGUCUGAACAACUUAAACGAGUUAAUCAGCGGUUAAAGGAGGAGCUGGAGCUCUGCAAAGCUCAAUUGUUGGAGAGGGACACACUUAUACAGGAUAAUGGGCUAGUUAUAGUUGAGGAUGAGGGGAGUGAGGGUGAGGAGACAGGUGGGAUGAAUGGAGUCAACAGGAAGCGAGUGCUAGUCAGUACAGAGGCUGCUGAGUUGCUGCAAAAUGCUGGGGAAGGUUCAUUAGACGUUCGAUUGAGGAAGUUUGCAUCGGAGAAGAAAGAAUUACAAGAUGAAAUAAGACAUUUAAGAUUAGACUUGGAGGAGGCGAAGAGCCGAAACAGAUCCGAAAGAUCAUCAGGAUCAAUAUUAGGUCUAGCCGAUUCUGAGGAUGUUCAACGAGAAGCCAAUAAACUUCUCGCAGAUUAUAAAUUCAAACUCCAAAAAGCUGAACAGGAUAUGUCCACAUUGCAAGCAACAGUGGCAAGGCUAGAGAGUCAAGUUAUUCGUUACAAAUCAGCGGCUGAAGCUUCAGAGAAAGCAGAGGACGAGCUCAAAGUUGAAAAGCGUAAAUUACAGAGAGAAGUGAGGGAAUCACAGGGUCGUGUUGAGGAAUUAGAGACGGCGAAUUCUCACCUCCAGCGCCGUCUGGAUAAACUGAAAAACGCCAAGUCUGCUCUGUUGAAAGAACUCUGACGUGACAGUUCUGUUGAGAAUAAAGGAUAAGACUUUUAGUUUUCAUAUGCCACAACCAACAACUUCAAUUAAGGUGAUAGAUGAGAAAUAAUAAUGAGAAUGCAAACGAGAUAUACAAAAAAUUAUGUUGUACUAACUUGGACCAGAAGAUACCAUUAGAUGUAUUUAUUUGAUUUUUAUUCAUUUGUACAUUGAAAUCAUACUCUGGCAUCGUCCAAACUAUUAACAACCACAUCGUAAGGGUUUUUUCAUGCAUUAUACAGUGGUAUCAGUGGGAUGCUGUUAUUUUUUAGGACGAUUAGAUUUUUUAUCGCCAAUCACCCGAGAGUAUUUCUGCGACUGAAGCAAAUAGUGUCAAUUAAAAAAUACAGACAUAGAAAAUCAAACACCGACUGAAUUUUACCAUCAGGUUCUUUACAAUUUUAUAUUAUUACAUUGGGUAGCACUUUAUCAACUCGAUGAAGCAUUUUUUUCUAAAGGCGUAAAUACGUUCAUAUUACUUUUUUUUUCUCUUUAUCAACAAUCUUGAAAGCAAUAGUACCACAAUGUUCUGGAAAAGGUAAACAUUUGUUCUUUACUGAUCGUUCAGCAACAAUAACUCGAUUGAAUGCUAUGUACUUAUACGACAACCAGUACAAAUGAUAUUAUAAUAUGAUCAGUAUUUUGUACGAGAAAUUUUAAAUGUGCAAUGGAAUUUAAUAUUUAUUAUAAUAUAGGCCGGUUUUGAACAACAGCAAUUAGUCAACACAUCUGUCAAAAGCAUAGAAUCAUCUUUUGUAUUUUUUUGUAAUUGAAAGAACUGUUUAGAUGUGGCAUAAUAAAUUAAUAAUAAUCGAAUCCCGUUAGAGAGGAGAGAAUAAUAGAAUGAUGCUGGAGAUGACAACAAUUGCCAUAACUGAAAUUUCUAAAGGUAAAAAGGGACGAUCGGGGGGGGGGAGGAAUAACGUUUAAUAUUAACGGAGGCAAUAGUUUUUUUAUUCCACAGCAAUUGGCAGAGAAUCAAUGUGUAUAAUUUAGGUUGAAUAAUUCCUAUUUAUUAUUGAAACAAAAAGGUGGCCCUAAGAAAUACUGGUUUAAUGCUUUUCAUACAAACAAAAAAAUAAAUUGCCUAAUGUAAUGUU